UGAUGUAGCGAUCACCAAACAACUUCAACACAACAAAAACAAGCUUAGGUGCGCCAUGGACCGGUACUGGCCGCUAGAAAAUGCGAAGCAAGUCAUGCUUUAGGACAGAUCGCCGUUGCCUUCCGAGCUAAAGAACGAGAACCAUACCGCAAUAUACACUCUCUAAUCGGGGAAUGUAAAUAAGAAAAAAAAAACCUAAGAUGCAAGGGUAUUUUAGUCAAUUGAUUACGUAGCUUUUCCGACCGCCAUUUUCUUCGAAGAUUCCCCGAUCUUCCUCCCGCUGCAACAUUAGGGUUUAAGGUUUCAAUUCUCGCUAGAUGUUGGAAGAAUAUUAGAUCAAAGAUGAGCUCCUCCCCGUUGCCUCGAAGCUCCAAACCCGGGAGGCAAUCCCCCUUCUUCCGCGAUCUUGCCUCCCCGAUCUCCGCCCACCGUGGCGGCCGCUUCGCCACCCCCGGCCCGGCCGCCGCCGUCUCGGCCCUCUGGCGGGAGAAUUUCUCCGCUUCUGACUGCCCUCCACCCCCCGUCUUCACCCUCGAUGACCGCGCCGACUUCUUACCCGAGCCCGCGCUCGCUGAGCUCCCUCCGCCCUCGCCGGCAUCCCGGUCCGGCACGAGGAGCCGGACCCCGCCCCCUCUGGCCCGGGGCGGCAGCGGGUCCUUUUCCCGCUCCCCAUCGCUCUCUUCUCCCUCGGGUUUGAGAAUUAGGGCAGAGGUGAAUGAUUCUGAGGGGAAGCAGGCGGCGCUGCAGAGCCCCGAGAUCUCGAGCUGGACCCACGGGCUGAGGGUCGGCGGCGGAGGACAAGGCGAGACGGGGACGGGUUCGCCGGUUACUGGAGUGGUCGAGCCGGGGGCGUUGCUCAUGCUUCCGCCACCGAGGGAGGUAGCGAGGCCGGAGGUGCAGAAGAGUAGCAGCGUGCCCAAUGGAGGGCUUAACGAGGAGGAGUGGGUCACUGUUUUUGGAUUCUCCCCGGGUGAUACCAACUUUGUGCUGCGUGAGUUUGAGAAAUGUGGUCCAGUGUUGAAACAUGUCCCUGGUCCAAGGGAUGCUAACUGGAUGCACAUUUUAUUUCAGAACCCAUAUGAUGCUCGAAAGGCUCUUGGAAAGAAUGGGACACAAAUAAACAGCGUCCUCAUGAUUGGGGUGAAACCUGUGGACCCCAUGCAGCGCCAAUUUCUGACUGAGAAGCUCAACAACAUAAAUCAUGGAGGGUUCAUGGUUUCAUUACCCUCGAAGUUGCCUGGUACAAGGAGUUCAGCUGCACCGAGUUCAUCAGGAGCUCUCCCUCACAGCUAUCACCGAAAGACCAGUACCAAUGCCAUCACUGACAGUGGGCGUCACUCAACAGGAACCAUUGCUUCCCCAGCAAAAUCAAUUGUGUCAAAAGUCAUGGAUUUGAUGUUUGGCAUAUGAGUUGGAUAGAUGGCAAUGGUUUGUUGAGUUAUGUUCUGUUGUGCUCUCCAUCCAGGUCUUUUUCUGAGUUGCAGCUAUCAUAUUUCUGAUUCUUGACAGAAUAUCAGAGUAUGUUUUGAUGGCUCACCGGAAAUUCUGUGCUUCAGGAUGAUGAGUGAUGAGGAUCAUACAAUCAAAUGACUAACCUUGAUUUUGGCCAUGUUAUUUACAGUUAUGCCUCAUGUCUUUCUGGUAUACUUAGUGAGUUCUAAAGAAUGUGGAACAUUCAUACUUCAUUGUUGAACAUUUAUGCUUACAUUGUUAUCUUGAAGAAUUAUAGCAACUUUCCAGUCA